AUGGCUACCCCCAGUGUUCUUACCUUUGAUACUGAGGGUCGUGCUGUUGACUUUGAGGUCUGGGUCGAUGACCUCCAGCUGUUCCUACAGUGCGAUAGGGCAGACGGACUCUCCCUAUUCAAUCUCACCUCUGGUGCCUCCCCUACCCCGCCUGCUACAGCUGACACCACUGUUCGUUCACAGUGGGCCACACGCGAUGCUGCUGCCCGUCUUGCUGUGCUUUGCCACUUACCGACCACUGAGCGUGUGCAAUUUAGCUAUCGGUCGGCGCUGCGUCUGCCCCUAGCGGGAGACGCCGCACCGGCGAGGGCAAGGGGGGCAAGGGCGCUGGAGGGGCUGGCGGGGGCGGUGGAGGUGGUGGUGGAGGCAGUAAAGGGGGUGGGGGUGGUGGUGGGAGUGGUGGCGGGGGUGGCGUUGUUGGUGGCAGCAGUGGAGGCGGAGGAGGUGGCGGCGGUGGCGGAGGGAGCGGAGGCGGCGGAGGUGGCGGAGGCGGCGGGGGUGGCGGAGGCGGCGGAGGCAGCGGCGGCAGCGGUGGGGCUGGUCGCGGCUCUGCAUAGAGGAGUGGGUCCGGUGGUGGUCCGCGCCAGCAGCAGCAGCGCAGUCGUGAGACCCUAUCCCCUCAGCAGCUUUGUGAGUGGUACGCUGGCGUGUCAGCGCGGUGGGGGUACUGGUCCCUGCACCUACGUCCUCUGUACCGGCGACCGCGCUGGUGAGCAGUGCGGGGGCCCGCACUCCACCCAGCGCUGCUUCGGCCGACUAACGGACGUAUGGCGCCACUAG